AUGUACAAGGAGCUAGAGCAACAGCUGAACAGAGUGUUCCCCUCAACGCAGUCAAAGAUGGAAUCAGAAUACGAGUACGACUCCCCUGACUAUUCGCAAUCGGACGAUCGCCAAAAUCGUCCUGAAACGCUUAAAUUUGCCGAGCUCAACGUCUCUGCUGCUGACAAUAUGGACGAUCCAUCUCCAGAUGAAGAGGAUUAUGGCCAUCAGUACACGAGUCGCUUACCUAUUGAUCAACCUCUGUAUCAAAUCUAUAUGAUGACAGAGAAUGAUAAGCUCUUUGAUGGAGUACUACUGAGGGCAAAUGAUUCCAUGGAACGCACCUACACCGGUGGUGGUCAAGACGAGCCGGCGGCAGACACAUCCAUAGACUUGUUCCGCCGAGAAUCUUGCGCGUCGUCAGAUUCCGGUCGUGGAGCGGACUGCUCUACUUCUGCGUCUGCACUGACGUCUAACACGUCCAUGAGAAGAGAGCGAUUAAUAGCCACAUCCCAUUUUGGAAGUCAGCGAAGUCUUUGGUGUGAACUCGAGGAGGUGAAAGCUGCCGGCCUUCUGGCUACAUUGGACGAGGAGACACGAAUGCGACAGGAGGCGUACUUCGAAGUGAUCACUAGCGAAGCGAGCUACUUACGCUCUCUGAACAUACUCAUCACCCAUUUUAUGGCAAGUCAAGAGUUAAUGGGUUACUUUCUGACUUGGAGAACCGAUUGGAGCACAGUCUUCUACUGGACGACUUAUGCAGCAUUCUUGUACACCACUUUGAAACGAACUUCGACGUCUAUAUCAAGUACUGCUCAAACCAGGUAUCCGCUCCUUGUCUACGCCAUAUUAGACCGACUCCAAAGGGGAUGCGAGGAAUACGAGGUUGCAACAAGAGCUUUACAUGCAGCUAACAAGGUGGUGGGUGAAUGCAACGAAGGCGCUCGUAGAAUGGAACGGACGGAACAACUGCUGGAAGUAGAAAGUCGACUAAUCUACAAGGAUCCUGACCUCAAGAAGAUCGCUCUCGUAUCAAAUUGCCGCUAUCUUGUUAAAAGAGGAUCACUGGUGCAAGUGGUGGAGAGGAAAAACAGGAACAUUCUGCAGGGAAAGCAGAAGACUCGGAAUGUGUAUAUAUUCUUGUUCUCCGAUAUUAUCCUGAUCACCAAAAAGAAGCUAAAUGGGACCUACGAAUGCAAAGAUUAUGCAGCAAGGCGUUACGUCGACGUGCAACCGGUAGAGAUCGACAAUGAUCGCGUAGCAUCAACAUCUUUCCCAACUCGUCCUCAUCUGUUUCUUUGCGUGUUUAUGAGAAAUGCUCGAGGAAGGCAGACGGAGUUACUAUUGAACGCCGAAUCAGAAACGGAUCGAGAACGAUGGUUGAGCGCGCUCAGACCACCUAUAUCAGCGAAUCCUGAAGAGAAGAUCUACGCAGAAUGGGACUGCCCGCAAGCCAUUGCUGUGCACUGCUACAAUAAGAACCAGGAUGAUGAGUUGUCGUUAGAAGUUGGAGAUAUGGUCAAUGUUCUCAGAAAAAUGCCUGAUGGUUGGUUCUUUGGUCAGAAAGGAGGCGACGGCUCAUCGGGAUGGUUCCCCUCAUCGUACGUCCAACAGAUCCUCAACGACCAUGUUAGGGCUAACAAUUACCGAAAACGUCUGAGACUUAUACAGGCUGCAAGUUCGGUGGCAGCACGUGAUGGCCCUCAGAGAAGCAGUUCGACUCCGUUGAUGGACCGAUUACGACGAAUGAGCAAUCCACGAUUUCUCUUCCAAACCGAUGUCACCGGCCUCUAA